AUGAAAGGCGCAAGAUCCUUCGUUCUGCAGGAUCCUUCGUUCUGCAGGAUCCUUCGUUCUGCAGGAUCCUUCGUUCUUCAAACUUCCUCCUUUGGAAACGAGAGCUUCUUUGAGAAUCCUACAACUCCUUCGAGAGCCCCUGUGGAACUAUCUCACUUCGCUCAUCAGGAGGUUGCACCUCUGGCGAUAAGACACUCUCCCCUAACAGGGGCAACGCCGUUCAAUCCCAAUGGUACCCAAACAGGCUACACGCCCAUUGUGCAAUCUACGCAUUACCAGUCCAUAUCGAGUCCCUGUUUAAAUCCAAAUGGUCCAGAAAUGGGUCCUACCGAGCCCACACUCAAAUACGAGUCGAUCUCUCCUCACCCGCACUGGAACCAAAUCGCUUUUCAGUUCGGUGUCGCACCUCCACCUCCUGCUACCAUCAUCCGUUCUCGAUCCCGGAAGCUUGUUGUCGAAGCUGGUCUCAAAUGGGACCACGACAAAGGUCCUUUGAUUCUUGCUGACCUCGGCUACCUUCCUCAGCCAGACAUAUUUCCCCCGGUGAUAAAAACUGUAAUGGACACCUACUUCAACCAUAUCAUUAGGCCGCCACCCACUGCCGACCACUAUAUGCUCUGGUGGAACACUGUCCAGCAGCAACAACAACCCACAUCCGUGGGGACAGCCAUUUCCUCUGAGCGUCGAUCAUUUCGCGGGAACCCUCCGUCUGGCACAACUCGUCGUAAAACUCCGACGUCGCAGAAUCAUCCUGAUUUACAAUCUACUAGUCCCGUCCAUGAUUCUUCAAUUCAGCUCCAAACGGCUUCGCAGCCGUCUGCUGAAGAUCUCGCUAAAAUGAAGCCCUUUAGUAUCUUCAUAACGGAAACUGGCCGGCCAAGGGGACGUGCGGCCACAAUCUCGGAUGAGCGUUCCAAAAAGUUGAAGAAAGCUUGUCCAGGAGGGGAACUGAUCGUUGAGUCGUUUGAUGUAUCAUGCAACGGAACCAACGGCGGAGCAUUGAGGCCUUGGGGAGAUCCGAAACAACGUUGGUUCACACCCGCCGUGGCGACGACGUUGGCAUUAGAAGAUGUUAUAGCAGAAAACGGGCUGCUUCUGGCUGCCUCUGGCUGGCAGUCGCACAUACCUGUUGGGAUGACCCAACAUUCUGGUGAACGCCCUCUACCAACAUUAACUAGACGUGGUGAUUAUUAUCAUGGAUUAUAUCGGUGUAUGUGCCGUUGUAGCCGCAGCGAAGCUGUAUCAUUAAAGCGAAAGCGACACUACCGCGGUAGUGUAUCAUCUAUUGCUCACGGAAGAAAGAAAGUGUCACCAUCCACUGUUACUGUCGCUUUUGCCGUUACUCAUGUUACAUUGAAAUGCAGUGCUUCUUCUUCUCUCUUUACCACCACGAUAUCGGCUCAUCAACUGGAGCUAGAGAAUAUUGUCAGCUCACUAUCAUUUGCAUCAACGGUGACAGCAGAAUCUUUCCUAAUAUUACUUCCAGAACAUAAUCGUAUUCUUACUAUGUAUGGUACAAAACGAAAACGCAAGAUUUUCGAGCCGCAUCAAAUUCAAGUGCUAAACACUGCGUUGGAAAAGUGGAAUAAUUACCCUCCGGGCGAAAUUAAGAAGCAAUUGGCAAAAGAACUGAACUUGACCAAUCAAGAAGUAAAGAACCACAGACAAAAAUUGCGCAGAGAAAUUACAGAAACGGAAACCCCAAUGCCCGAACCUUCUGAAUCAUAUUUCGGAGUGAUUCGCGAUCUUAUGAUUGUCACCCACCCAGACCAAAAAUGUUUGCGAAAACAUCCUCGCUUGGACAAAGAACAAAAACAUUCAUAUGAUCAGCAAAAUAGUGUCGCUCUACCAUCUAUUUCCACUGUCUUUCCCGAUAUAUUCCAGAAUCACAACCAAUCCCCGUCGUAUUCUAUGACACGUCCAAUUACUCCACCUCGACUUGACAACCAUGUUGUGCUACCGCCUAUUCAAUCCCUAUAUGCAGCGGCGGACUCAAACACGAAUAGUAAUCAGUAG